CCCAUAUAUAAAAGCGAGCGUCUUGCCUCACUCCCCUUCCACAUCUGAAACCCCUUUACGCACGCACGCACGCACACACAUCUCAGCUUCGCAAUGCCGGCGGAUCACAGUGGAACAUGGGAGAUGGUCAGCAAUGACAAGUUUGAUGAUGUCAUGAAGGCUAUGGAUAUCGACUUCGCCACUCGUAAGAUAGCGAUGCACCUCAAACAGACUAAGGUCAUCGUUCAAAACGGUGAUAGAUUUGAGACCAAAACCCUCAGCACUUUUAGAAAUUAUGAGGUCAACUUCACCAUAGGGGAGGAGUUUGAGGAGCACACAAAAGGUCUGGACAACAGGGUUGUUAAGACCCUGGUGACAUGGGACGGUGAUAAAAUGGUGUGUGUGCAGAAGGGGGAGAAACAGAACCGUGGCUGGAAUCAAUGGGUUGAAGGAGACCAGCUUCACCUGGAGAUCUUCUGUGAGGACAAAGUCUGCCAUCAAGUUUUCAAGAAGAAAAACUAAUGCUCUUGAAGUAUUUCACUCCUGUGUCUGGUGUUGUGCUGUAUAUAUUUUUUCAAGCAAUUUUAAUAAACAGCUAGAACCAAACAAAUCCAUUUGAUGUUGUGCACCAAAUAUUGAAUAAAAAGAAUUGUGUUGUUAUGCUGAUAAAACAGAUCAAGAACAAGAACAAGAACAAGUACUGCUGCACUAAACUACACGAGUGAAAUAAGCCCUUAACUGUCCUUAUGCUGUUAAAGACAUAAGGGGCAUAGUGGACAUACUGGGGUUUUACACAAACAUUUUUAAAUAGAGUCGGUUUCAGCGGCAACAACAUAAACAAACUUUAUGUGUCCCCAAAUUAACUUCCAGUAGACCGCCGCAAUGAAUCAAUAUCUGUUGAGUUCAUUUGAUUUAUGUCAAUUAAUGAAUAAUAGAAUAUUAUCAUGAUUUAAAUAUUAAAUAAAUUGUUUUAUUAUAAAGGAACACAGGCCGGAAGUUAACUUCUAUGAAACCGUUUAUAAAUAAAAUGUCAUUGUACAUGAUUUGAAAAGAAUUUGCACUAAGAAUUUGAACGAAGAGUGUAAAAGCAUAAUAAUAAUUUAAAUGUGAAAUGUAUAAAACGAGCCUAUUUGGUAGAUUAGCUUGUUUAUUUUCUAGUAACUGCCUCUUGUAGGCAUAUGCCGUUAUAUCCUUCAUAACUAAUUUGAUGACCAAUGCAUAGACAUGAAUAGAUUUUAAAGAACAUUUUAAUGCUUACUUGAUUUAUUUUAUCUACAAACACUCUGUUGAGAAUUAACAGACAUGUAGCUUUGCUAUAACUGACGUGUCACCAUUAUGGU